GGAGUGGAAGACUUCAAAAAAUUACCACUUAAAAGGUGCUUCCGAGGCCCUCGGGUCAUUUAUACUCCGAUAAAAAGGAUGGUUAGAAUCACGGGGCCGUUCUCAAACGAACUUCAAGUUUAUAUACAAUACCCGCGGGAAUAAGCAAACACGUAAGUAGAUCCAUACGAGAACCCAACGGCGACUGCCAUGAGAACCUCGAGGUCUUAAAAAGGACCCCAAAUUGUGUUCUCUGCUGUAUCCUCAUUACCACGAUGAAGACUGCAGCGCCAGAAACGCGCACAGUCGAGCUUGGCGUAUGGAAAGUUGUCCUGUUGAACAAUGCGCGCUGGGAUUAUCGAAGCAGAUGGAACAACCUAUUGCUGGCGUUUCCCCUCUUUCGAAGACUCGCUAUCGACGUUUAUACCUUAGAGCCGACGUUAUCGAUUCUCUUUAUCUUGGAAAAAAUAUGGUCGGGCGUAGAAUCUGCUGUUUUGCUCUACCUUUCCAUUCGUCUUUUGCGGAUCAUCGAGGUGGGACUCGUUUCUGGGACUUUGGAUUCUUUUGCAAUCCUGGGUGCCGUGGCAAUGCGUCUAUGUUGCGUCGUCCUGGCCGCAAUCCUGUCAUGGGCAAAUGACGGUAUUCGUCCACUUUUGAGAACUCGUGUUACGACACAUUUUGAGCUGCACCUCAUGCAAGCUCGCUUGCGCAUCGACGUUCCAACCUCCCAAGAAACUAAAAGUAAAUCCAAUGCCUCUGCACAACACGCAUGGAGAGCAUUCGAAGACGUGGUGUGUUUCCUUCAGCAAAUAGUCACCACGGGGAGCGAGCUGGCUCUCAUCGUGCAGUCUUGUCGCGCAACCGAAUCCCCGCUAUUCGCGGUUUUGUGCAUAGCAAAACCUCUGUAUCACGGUUUUGGUACGAGAACACUGUUCAACCAAGCCCACAUCGGUUACACGGAUAACAAGUUCUUCCAGAGGAUGAAAAGUUUAGUUCAGAUGGCUUCCGAUGCAUAUAGGUCGGAAGUCUUGGGAAGCGACCUUGUCAGUUAUAUUAUCACAGAGUAUCAGAAGGCGACGUCAUCGUUAGGACUCACAUCUGAUGACUGGACUGAACUCCAAUACUCUCGACGCACUGACCCUUUGAUGAGAAUAUUUGAAGCCGUCCUGGGGGAUGUUCCUAUGAUUUACUACUCAGUGGCAGUUAUCAUGAAACCAUCGAAAUUCUCUAUAUCCUCCAUCGCCAUCCUGAUUCAGUCGUCUGAAACCUUGGAACAGUCAUUGCAGGGAAUCCUGCGCGACGUAGCCCAUUUUCGGAAGCAAUGCGAUCAGCUGAGGAUGAUUUACGAAGCAGAUAAGAUCAGUAAUAAACUCGUAGAUGGAAGCUUGUCCUACCCCUCGGAGAAGUCACAAGGAAUGUCCUUCGAGCUUCGUGAUCUGUCCUUCUCCUACCCCGGGUCGCAAUCCACCAAACCCGCCCUGUCGAAUAUCAACCUCUCCAUCAAAGCCGGACAGCUUGUUGUAAUUGUCGGUGCUAACGGCAGCGGUAAAUCCACAAUUAUCAAGCUUCUCGCGCGCCUUUAUGAUCCAUCGUCGGGUCCCGACUCGCUCAUUGUAGAUGGCAUACCAAUAUCCCAGUACCGAAUGUCUGAACUUCGAGAGGCGACAGCCAUGCUGACGCAAGACCACUCGCUCUUCCCUGUUUCACUUGGUGAGAACAUUGGUGUAGGGUACGUUCAGCAUGUGAGAGACAUGGAGAUGAUUGACCGUGCUGCUGAGCUCGGUGGAGCAGCGCACUGUUUGGCCAAAUUGACAGAGGGGAAAGACACGAUGCUAGCGGCGAUGAAUGAAGCAUAUGAGUUCGACGUUCCAGAGAACGAGGCGCAUCCGCUACAGGUUGAGCUGAAAAGGUUCACUAAGAACAUCCAGCUCUCGGGUGGUGAGAAACAGAGAAUCGUGGCAUCCCGAACAUUCAUGCGUUUUGCGUCUGGAAAGGUGAAGUUUGUUGCUGUGGAUGAGCCGAGUUCAGCUUUGGAUCCUGAGGGAGAAGCAUCACUUUUCGACAACCUCAUCGAUGCGCGAGACGGAAAGACAAUGAUAUUCGUUACCCAUCGGUUUGGGUACAUAGCAAAACGCGCCGAUCUUAUCGUAUGUAUGAAGGACGGAAGUAUCGUCGAGACGGGAAAUCACAAGGAGUUGGUAGAAAUGAAUGGAGAAUAUGCCAAGCUGUACAACAUACAAGCUAACGCAUUUGUGUGACACGAUUGGUGUCAUAAAUACUAAAAUAUAAGUAGUGGUUGCCUGAUUGUAAUCAUCGAUUAUUUCAGAAAAUGGAUAGCCUCUUCAAUUG